AUGUCAGAAGAAGGGCAAUUGAAAAUAAAUGCGGCAGAUAAAGAUUUCAUUGUAAACAUUGAACAACCUACUUACGUUAAAAACACAACCGCAACUCUUCUUGAUAAUGGCAACUUAGUUUUGCGAAGUCCAAGGGGGCGUACGUUGUGGCAAAGUUUCGACUACCCCACUAAUAAUUGGGUUCAAGGCAUGAAAUUGGGUUGGUUUGGGCUCAAAACUCCACGCCCUCACCAACGUUUUCUCACUUCUUGGACAAGCCACCAAAACCCUUCUCCUGGUGCUUUUACCUUUGGUGUUCUUUAUCCAAACAAUACUAAGCCGCCGCAGCUAGUUCUCAUGAGAAGAGGGAUUGUUUAUUGGCAAAACGGGGUCUGGAAUGGUAAAUACUUUCCGUUUCUUCGGGACUCUCCUGGUGUUUAUAACUUCAGCUAUUUCUCUGAUGACAACGAACGCUACUUUAUUUUGAAUAAUCAAGUAGUUGAUGACAUUUCAUCCAAUAUCCUUAUUUAUGCAUCUGGGGAAGUAAGUGUGAUUACGGAUAAUUAUCGUGAAUCCAGCAUGUUCACAGCUAUUGACUGUUACAACAAUAAAAGGGCUGAUUCCGAUACGGAGGGGUGCGUAAGAGUCAAGAAAUCCAAUUGUGGUAGUGUUGGAGACAAUGGCUGGUUCAAUUCAACAACUGGUUUCAUUGAACAAUGGGAACAAUAUUUGUAUAACUUCACAUUUGGUAUCACUGACUGCAACCAAAUGUGUGCACAAAAUUGUUCUUGCAACGCCUAUGCUUCUAUCAUUGCUGAAGCUGGAACAGGAUGCAAAUUUUCUUCUUCCCCUGCCUACAACUACAGCUUUGAUGGUGACGCUCUGUACAUUCGCCACAAUGCCAAACCAGCUGCUCUUACAGUAUCAUUUCUGGUGAUCCUUGCCGUGGUUUUCAUUGUGUGGUAUAUCAAUCCAAGAAAAUGUUGCCGCACUUGCUUCUUAGCCCCAACUGAACAUUCAAGGCAACAACUUGCUGGUAAGGAGGAUGAGGACUUACCUUUCUUCAAUUUCAAAACCAUAGAGACGGCUACCAAUUCCUUUUCUAAUGAGAAUAAGCUUGGUGGAGGAUUUGGUCCUGUAUAUAAGGGAAUAUUGCCCAAUGGUCAAGAAAUCGCAACAAAGCGACUCUCAAAAAUGUCUGGACAAGGAAUUGAACAAUUCAAAAAUGAGGUUCUAUUGAUUUCAAAAUUGCAGCACAGGAAUCUUGUAAGACUUCUGGGUUGUUGCACUCAUGGGGAUGAAAGGAUAUUAAUAUACGAGUAUUUGCCAAAUAAAAGUUUGGAUUCAAUUCUUUUUGAUGAAAGAAAGAAAGAUUGUCUUGAUUGGAGAAAACGUAUCUCCAUAAUUGAUGGGAUUGCUCAAGGGCUUUUGUACCUCCAUAAGUAUUCAAGAAUGAGAAUUAUUCAUAGGGAUCUGAAAACAAGUAACAUCUUACUAGAUAUUCACAUGCAUCCAAAGAUUUCAGAUUUUGGAACGGCUAGAAUAUUUAAAGAUAAUGUUUAUCAAGCAAGCACAAAGAGCAUUAUUGGGACUUAUAGUUACAUGUCUCCAGAAUAUGCAAUGAAUGGUUGUUUCUCUGAGAAGUCUAAUGUUUUCAGCUUUGGAGUCAUGGUACUGGAGAUUGCUUGGGAUGUAUGGAUAGAAGGAAGAAUUUUGGACUUAAUAGAUCCAGCACUGGACAAACCAGUUUCAAUAAAUGAAGCAACAAGAUGUAUCCAAAUAGGUUUGUUAUGUGUUCAAGAUAGUGCAGCAGAUAGACCAACUAUGUCAGAUGUGAUAUCUGUGCUUGGUAAUGAAUCAACGGUCUUACCUACUCCUAAACAACCUGGUUUCUCUACUGUCAUUGGCUUAAAAUGUGAUGAUGUUGGUAAUAAUCCAAAAGUUCACUCGGCUAAUAUGGUCACAAUUUCAGACAUUGAAGAAAUGAGUAGCCGCGUUUCAGUGGUUGGAAUUGGUGCUUUCUUCUUCAUCUGUCAUGCUGGUUUGAUCUGUCAUGUUAAUGCUAAAGAUACAUUUGCCCCUGGAGAUAUGGAGUGGCAUUAUGCCGGAAAUAACUUGGAGUCAUCAAACGGACAGUACAUGUUAAAAUUCAUUCAGCAACCUGCCGGGGGGUCUACCUUCAGCUGGUAUUUGUGUAUACAGUCGGCCUGGUAUUACUCCCGACUGCCUCCGGAAAAUAUUACGAUUUGGGUUGCUUGGAAGGGGCAGGAACAAAGGGAUAAUGAUUCCCCUCCAUAUUUAUCAAUGUCAGAAGAAGGGCAAUUGAUAAUAUAUGCUGCUGCAGGUAAAGGUUUCAUUGUAAACAUUCAACAACCUUCUUACGUUAAAAAAACAUCGGCAACUCUUCUUGAUAAUGGCAACUUAGUUUUCCGAAGUCCAGGGGGGCGUACGUUGUGGCAAAGUUUCGACUACCCAACUCAUACUUGGGUUCAAGGCAUGAAAUUGGGUUGGUUUGGGCUGAAAACUCCACAGCCUCACCAACGUUUUCUCACUUCUUGGACAAACCAGCAAAACCCUUCUCCUGGUGCUUUUACCUUUGGUGUUCAUUAUCCAAACAAUAAUACUAAUACUAAGCCACCGCAGCUAGUUCUCAUGAGAAGAGGGGUUGUUUAUUGGCAAAGCGGGGUCUGGAAUGGUAACAACUUUCCAUUUCUUCCAUACCUUAACUUCACCUAUUUCUCUGAUGAGAACCAAAGCUACUUUAUUUUAAAUAAUGAUCAAGAUGAUUUAGCCUACUAUACCCUUAUUAUUCAUGCAAUUGGGGAAGUAAGUGUGGAAACCAAUGGAUAUAAUAGAUCCGUGUUUGACUGUUACAACAAGGAAUGGGCUGAUUCCAAUGCGGCGGGGUGCAUAAGAGUCAAGAUAUCCAAUUGUAGUGUUGGAGACAACGAUUGGUUCAAUUCAACAACUGGUUUCAUUGAUGAAUGGGAACAAUAUUUGUAUAACUUCACGUUUGGUAUCACUGACUGUGAGGAAUUGUGUGCAAAAAAUUGUUCUUGCAACGCCUAUGCUUCUAUCAAUGCUGAAGCUGGAACAGGAAGCAAAUUUUCUUCUUCCCCUGCCUAUCGUUUUGCCUCUGACGGUGAAGCUCUUUACAUUCGCCACAAUGCCAAACCAGUUAACAGUCCUGCCACCCAGGCUUUGACAAAGACAAAGUCACACCACAACAAAACAGCAACUAUAGCUGCUCUAACAGUAACAUUUCUGGUGAUCCUUGCCAUGAUUUUCAUUGUAUGGUAUAUGAAUCCAAGAAAAUGUUGCUGCAGUUGCUUCAUAGCUUUAAGUUUUGUCACAGCCCCAAAUGAACAUUCAAGACAACAACCUGCUGGUAAGGAGGAUGAGGACUUACCUUUCUUUAAUUUCAAAAGCAUAGAGAUGGCUACCAAUUACUUUUCUACUGAAAAUAAGCUCGGUCAAGAAGGAUUUGGUCCUGUAUAUAAGGGAAUAUUGCCCAAUGGUCAAGAAAUCGCAGCAAAGCGACUCUCAAAAAUGUCUGGACAAGGAAUUGAACAAUUCAAAAAUGAGGUUCUAUUGAUUUCAAAGUUACAACACAGAAAUCUUGUAAGACUUUUAGGUUGUUGCACUCAUGGGGAUGAAAGGAUAUUAAUAUACGAGUAUUUGCCAAAUAAAAGUUUGGAUUCAAUUCUUUUUGAUGAAAGAAAGAAAGAUUGUCUUGAUUGGAGAAAGCGUGUCUCCAUAAUUGAUGGGAUUGCUCAAGGGCUUUUGUACCUCCAUAAGUAUUCAAGAAUGAGAAUUAUUCAUAGGAAUCUGAAAACAAGCAACAUUUUACUAGACAUUCACAUGCAUCCAAAGAUUUCAGAUUUUGGGACGGCUAGAAUAUUUAAAGAUAAUGUUUAUCAAGCAAGCACAAAAAGCAUUAUUGGAACUUAUGGUUACAUGUCUCCGGAAUAUGCAAUGAAUGGUUGUUUCUCUGAGAAGUCUGAUGUUUUCAGCUUUGGAGUCAUGGUAAUGGAGAUUGUGAGUGGGAAAAGAAACAAUGACUUCUACAAUCCACAUCAUGUUUCAAAUUUACUUAGUUAUGCUUGGGACGUAUGGAGAGAAGGAAGAAUUUCUGAACUAAUAGAUCCAACAAUGGACAAAACAGUUUCACUGAAUGAAGCAAUAAGAUGUAUUCAAGUAGGUUUGUUAUGUGUUCAAGAUAGUGUUACAGAUAGACCAGUCAUGUCAGAUGUGGUAUCUAUGCUUGGUAAUGAAUUAAUGGUCUUACCUACUCCUAAACAACCUGGUUUCUCUACUAUCAUCGGCUUAAGAUGUGAUGAUGUCGUUAACAAUUCAAAAGUUGGCUCUAUUAAUAUGGUCACUAUUUCAGACAUUGAAGGUCGAUAAUAACCACGGUCUUGUAACACAUUACUCUCAUUAGACAAACACUCCUUAUUUUCAGGUUCUUUUAUUUUCCUUUUUUCACUUUGAAUGCUUUAAUCAUUUUAUGCAUACUUUUGCUGAUGAAA